AUGUCUCGGCAGACUCAGCUAUUUACAUUGCUCAAGAGAAGGUUUCAUUCGCCGGCGGCACCAACUGAGACCUUAAGGAAAAAGAUAACCGAUUUGCAGAAAAGCAAGAAGCGAAGAAACCCAGUCAAGAACCAGUUCCUAGUUGAGGUUCCAGAAUCAAGAUCGUAUCUGGACACAGCAACGAUGCCUAUGUUCCUCGCUGUGGUCGGUAUCGCAUUGUUUGCAAAAGUGUUAAUGAUGAUUGAUGAUUCGAAAUCACAAGAAAUGAUUGAGCGCAAGAUAAAGAACGCACCGCCAGGGCAAGGCACGGUGAGGAUGAUCGAACGCGAGGAGUGGGAUGAGUUCAGAGAAGUAAGGCCAAGAACUCCUUUCGAGUCCAAGCUUGCUCGCCCAAACGCUCAAAUAAGAACCGGAGAGCCUGUGCGCAAGGAUGACUUGAAGAACUGGACGAUAGACGUGCUAACGAAUGCAUUUGCUCGAACCGAAGAGAGUGUUCGUCGCGAAAUCAACAAGAAAACUUCCGAUCCAUUCGAGUUUCACGGAGCCUCGGUUAUGGCAGAUUCUGGAGGGAAUCCAAUGGAUUCGCCGUCGUCUAAAAGCAGUGAAUAUGGAGUCUACGGGAUCAUCGGAGGCGUAAUCGUGGCUUUACUGGUACCGGUUUUGCUCUCCGUGGUGUUGACCGGAAGCAAAAAGGGGAAGAAGAGAGGCGUUCCGGUGAAAGUAGGCGGCGAGGAAGGUUACGCGAUGCGCCAUGCUCGGGGUUCCGAUCUGGUCGACGUUCCUUGGCCAGGAGCUACAACGAUGGCUGCUUUGUUUGAGCAAGCUUGUAAAAAGCACUCGAGUAAUCGUUUGCUUGGGACUAGAGAGUUUAUCAACAAAGAAAUGGUUGCGUCUAGGGAUGGAAGGAAGUUUGAGAAGCUUCAUUUGGCGGAGUAUCAGUGGCAGAGUUAUGCAGAGGUCUUUGAACGUGUUUGUAACUUUGCAUCAGGGCUUGUGAAUGUUGGUCAUAGCGUUGAUACUCGUGUCGCUAUCUUCUCGGAUACACGAGCUGAGUGGUUUAUCGCUUUCCAGGGAUGUUUCAGGCAGAGUAUUACAGUUGUUACUAUUUAUGCUUCUUUAGGAGAGGAAGCUUUGAUUUACUCUCUCAAUGAGACUGCAGUUUCAACCCUGAUAUGCGACUCAAAGCAGCUUAAAAAGCUGUCUGCGAUACAAUCAAGCUUGAAUACUGUGAAGAACAUUAUUUACAUUGAAGAAGAUGGAGUAGAGGUUGAUUCUAGCGACGUCAGUAGUCUUGGUGACAUGACAGUUUCGUCCAUCUCUGAGAUUGAGAAGCUAGGGAAGGAGAGCCCUGUGGAACCAAGCUUGCCUUUGAAGAAUGGAGUUGCCGUUAUAAUGUUUACCAGUGGUAGUACUGGUCUACCAAAGGGAGUUAUGAUCACACACGGAAACCUUGUGGCAACUGCGGCAGGAGUUAUGAAGGUGAUUCCAAAGCUGGAUAAGAAUGACACAUAUAUUGCAUAUUUACCUUUGGCUCAUGUGUUUGAGCUGGAAGCUGAGAUUGUGAUCUUUACCUCGGGUUGUGGCAUCGGCUAUGGCUCAGCAAUGACUUUAACUGACACUUCAAACAAAAUUAAGAAAGGAACUAAAGGAGAUGUCUCGGUUCUAAACCCAACCAUCAUGACUGCAGUUCCAGCUAUUCUUGAUCGUGUGAGAGACGGAGUUCUAAAAAAGGUUGAGGAAAAGGGAGGGAUGGCGAAGACACUGUUCAACUUUGCAUACAAGCGCCGGUUAGCAGCUGUGGAUGGAAGUUGGUUUGGUGCCUGGGGUUUGGAGAAAAUGUUUUGGGAUACUCUAGUCUUCAAGAAAAUACGCGCUGUGCUUGGAGGACACAUUCGGUUUAUGCUCGUUGGAGGAGCUCCUCUAUCUCCUGAUUCGCAACGCUUCAUCAAUAUCUGCAUGGGGGCUCCUAUUGGUCAAGGAUAUGGAUUGACUGAAACGUGUGCUGGAGCGACGUUUUCCGAAUGGGAAGACCCUACUGUUGGCCGCGUGGGACCUCCACUUCCAUGCGGCUACAUUAAGCUUGUUUCUUGGGAAGAAGGUGGAUACAGAGUUUCAGACAAACCAAUGCCUCGAGGUGAGAUUGUUGUAGGUGGUAACAGUGUUACAGCAGGUUACUUCAACAAUCAAGAAAAAACAGAUGAGGUUUACAAGGUUGAUGAGAAGGGCACGAGGUGGUUUUACACGGGAGAUAUUGGAAGAUUCCACGCUGAUGGAUGUCUUGAAGUUAUUGACAGAAAGAAAGAUAUUGUUAAACUUCAACACGGAGAAUACGUUUCCCUUGGAAAGGUGGAGGCAGCUUUGGGUUCGAGCAAUUACGUCGAGAACGUUAUGGUACACGCAGAUCCAAUGAACAGCUACUGUGUAGCUCUUGUUGUUCCAUCGCACGGAGCGUUAGAGAAAUGGGCAGAGGAAGCUGGAGUUAAACACAGCGGAUUCGAUGAGCUAUGCGAGAGCGGUGAAGCAGUCAAGGAGGUUCAACAAUCUCUCACCAAGGCCGCAAAGGCGGCAAAGCUGGAAAAGUUUGAAAUUCCAGCGAAGAUCAAGUUGCUGCCGGAUCCGUGGACACCGGAGUCGGGAUUAGUCACAGCUGCUCUCAAGAUUAAGAGGGAGCAAGUAAAGGCUAAGUUCAAAGAUGAGCUCAACAAGUUGUAUGCGUAA